CCUCCCAAACCUUAAAAAUCGAUUCAAAAUUCCCAAUUUCCAAAUUCUCCAAUAUCGGAAUGAUCGGAACCCUAUCCACCUCGCUCGGAGGGACAUCUCUCGGCCUACUGAAUGAUACACGGCCAUCACCACUCAAUUCCACCGGAAAAGUGUCUUUCCGGCGUCACAAAGCUUGUAACGCCUUAAUUCAUGCCGUAACUGACUCUGUUGAGUCCAGUCUUUAUGAAGUUCUACGAGUCAACCGUAACGCUUCUCCGAUCGAGAUCAAGACUGCGUACCGGAAUUUAGCGAAGCUUUACCAUCCUGAUGCUUCCGAUCUCAAGCAACAUCAUGAACCGAACUUUAUCGAGAUCCACAAUGCUUACGCCACGUUGUAUGAUCCGGCGGAACGAGCGAUGUAUGAUCGGAAACUGAACAUUGGAUUAGGACGUGGGUCUACGGCCGGCGGAAUGAGGCGGGGGGUUAACACAACCCGGCGAUGGGAGACCGAUCAGUGUUGGUAGAUUCUGAUUUAUGACCAUAUGAUUGUUCAAAUAUAAAACAAAAAAAAAAAGGAAAAAACUAGUUGUAUAUUAUGAGGUAAUGACAUCCACUAAUCCCCUUUCUUCU